GUCGCCACAAUGUCUGAGCAGCCCUACGACCCCUACAUUCCCUCUGGCCAGACCGGCGGCGCCAGCAGAGAUGGCAACCAGCGUACCGCUGCCCUCCAAGCCGAAAUCGACUCGACCGUCAAUGUCAUGCGCAACAACAUCAACAAGGUCUCGGAGCGCGGCGAGCGCCUCGAUAGUCUGCAAGACAAGACCGACAACCUGGCCGUCUCGGCGCAGGGCUUCAGACGCGGCGCCAACAGAGUCAGAAAGCAGAUGUGGUGGAAGGACAUGAAGAUGAGAAUGUGCCUGAUUGUCGGCAUCAUCCUCUUGCUCGUCAUCAUCAUCGUCCCCAGUGGUGUG